AUGGUCAACAUUUACGCCCGAGAAGAAGGCAUAUGUCCUUUCCCAUUGACCUCGAUGAGGAUUUCCUUAUUUCUGAGGGGCACACUGUCCAUGUAUCUUCAACAUGGCCUCGUGAGACACUUCAAUCUCUCUGGAUACUGCUCCAAGAUUUUAAAGAGGUUUUUGCUUAGAUGCCAAAGGACAUCCCCUACGUCGAUCGCCAGGUGGCAGAGCAUGCACUUGGGAUUGCACCUGGUAGUCGCCCCAUCCAAAAGAAUCGAUGCAAUUUUUCUUGGGAAAGACGUAAAGCAGUGGAAGAAGAAGUCUCUAGACUUCUCAAAGCAGAUUCAUCCAGGAAGUUCUCUAUCCAACAUGGCUUGCAGUCACAGUGGAGAAGGAAAAUGGCUAGUGGCGAAUGCGCAUUGA